GGAGCCACGUCAGUGUGACUCACUCAAGCAAUGGCAAGUUCUCACAGCAACAACAUGAAACACCCAACAGGGUGAUGACUAUGGGAGGAAAACUGAGUGGAACCUGGACAGUGCGUGCACUGCACACCCUCCUGGUUAACAGCCCCACGCCCCGAGAGCUGUUCUUUACAUGAAUUUCUUCUGUUAAAGCAGCUCGUGUGGCUUCUGCACCCUGGUGGAACCAACACAUAUGCCUGUCACAGAGGUGAGGAGUGGGUGCUCACCAGCAUUUGCUGCUGACCUUCUGGAAACAUGGUGUCCCUUAGAGCCUUCAGCCUGCCAGGACAGAGCCACCCCCUGGUCGUUCUGUUGGAAUUUCGGCAUUCCUGUCUUUUAGGUGACAUCUGCCAAGCUCAAUUUGUGUGAGGAAACCCAUUCUGUCGUGUCUGCUUGGGCCCAGGGCGGCUGCUGUGCACGAACCAGCUUUUGUGGCCCACGGAGCGAUGACUCAGUCUGGAGCUCGGCUACUCUCUGGCCCGGGGUGCUGGCAUUUCCCUGGGGCCCAGUGCCUCUAUUUUCCCCAUGAGGCCUCAGCCAAGAGGAGGUUAGAAGAAAGAAAACACUGGUGCGGAGAGAGAAGGGCUGGCCAAGAGGCACCACACCAUCAGUGCUGAUGGGGAGAGGGGGCUCCAGCCCAGCACUGCUGUCUUUACGAGGCAUGCUUCCUUUUCAUUCAGAGGAAGAGAAGCAGAGGAACGCGUCAUGGAGAUGGACCAAGUGGAAGGAGCCAGGGAUGGCGACAAGCAGAAGGAAGUGUGUUUUGUCCCCAUCCAGGGAAGCUUCUGUUUCAUGAGACUUACUUGCACACGUCUGGUGGCCACCCUGGAUGUUCAUGGACUUUUGUUUUCACUCAGAUUUCAUGGUUCAAGUGACACAAAGCAUAAGGACGUCACUGGGCGAGAGGGCCAGGUCACCCCACCACAGAGGGGCACGCCCCAGCUGUGCACCGCGGGAGUAGGCUUGUUCAGUCUUCAAACACAGGGACAGGAUAUGCCCAUCUCAUGUAAGACGUGAAUAAUAAUAGAAAUUUCUGUU